AGAAGUGAAAACUAUCUAAAAUGAGACUCGAACAAUAAAACCCCAGAAACGUAAGAGAAAAAAGCUUUUUUUUAUAAAACAAGGAGAACGAAACUGCAGCCAAACUUGAGAUCAUGUGACUUAUCAAGACGAUCAACCUAGAAAUAAAGAUAAAAGUUUCAAGAAAAGAUAAAAAACCCAUCAUUAUUAAAUCAACAUCUUAACAAAAAUCAAACCACGACAAAGAAUAAGAAACAUAUUUAGAAAUCAAUUCAAUCAAGCAUCAAAAUGUCGCAUCUUGAAGUUCUGGCCUACCUCAAAAGUGUAGAUUUGAAGGAUUUUCUGAAAAAUAUCGAUAUCAAGGAUUUUCUUCCAGAUGUUGGACCCUUGAAUCGCGAGAGUAUACUUGAAAGCAUGAAGAAGGUUUUGGUUUAUAUUGAGCAGAGAUCACAUAUAGAUCAUCCCCAGUUCCCAGUAUUUGUGUGUUCUGUAUUUAUCGUUGUCCUGUGUAUGGCUGGACUACUUCUGCGCUACAUUUACCGGAGACUUCAACGUCAGCAAACCCAGGAGAAUAUUGAGAAACAGAAGGAAAUCAAGGAACCAGCAGGGACAAGGGGUCAACACGUACAGAAAAUUCAGGAAUCUGCUUCUGCUACCCCUAAACCUGCACCCAGAUGGAAAAAGCCAGUGAUUCAAACAAAAGACCCCGUCAAGAUUACAGGCCUAAAACAGGAGUCUAAAAACUGGGAACCUAAACAGCUGGAGACUAAAACAUGGACUCCAAAACCACCAGACACUAAAAAAGUAGAACCGAAAAAGACUAAGUUUAAGAAGUGGGAACCAAAACAAUCGGUCGUAAAAGAAGUUGAAUCAAAGAAAGUUGAAUUAGAAGAGAAAAAAGAGGAAAAGAAAGAAGAAAAUAAAGAAGAAAAGAAAGGAUGGUUUUGGAACAAAAAGAAAGGAGACGACUCCGCAAACGAUGAAAAAGCCCGCGGAAUUGAGACGAAAGAGACUAUUUCAAAAGAUGACGACACAAAAGACAAAACAACGAAGAGACAGAAAAAGGAUGUAGCUCCCCCUAUAAGAUCAUUCAAUUUAAACAUAGAUCCAAAUGCAAGGAAUGUUGAGGAAUCUAAGAGAAUUAAGCAAGCAGAGAUAGAAUUGUUGAGAACUAUGGGGAAAGAGUUUAGGGAAAUGAUCAAGCUCGAUGAAGCAGGAGAGAAAGAGAGAGAGGAGAAAAAGAAAGAAAUGGAAAAAGUAAAAUCUGCAAGACGGUAUUUUAACGAGGCUGACAAGAAGAGGUCGGAGUCUGCUGCCCCAACCUCCAGGUUCAGGGUAGAGGAUGAGAAUUUAGAGGGAACUGGGCUGAGUGUUGGAGAUCUGAACCUUGUCAAGAGAAGAUCAAAUUUCUACCAGGGAAACCAGGAUGCUACUAUGAGUAAUGAUAAAAAUAAUCUGUCUAUAGGGUUGUCUCAGUUUGAGCCAGGAAGAUUAAAUAAAACAUUCACAAACUUAUUCGAAAACGGAAACAGCUGUGAUCAAGAACUCUGCAGGCCUCCCCGGAAAAAGUUAAUCACACUUGAUCAAAUUUUGAAAAAGGAUUUGAACGAGACUGAUGUAGAUUUAGAAAGAAUACGACGGGAGGAGGAAAUUCGGGAACUAAAGGAAGCCAGGAAAAGAUGGAUACCCCCUCAGGAUUCACCAAGACCUGUUAUUAAAGAAAAAAUUGAGGUUCCUCAGAAAAUAGACAUCAGUUCAGUUUUCCAGGAUGGUUUAAAACAUGCAGAGGAAACAAAACAUGAAAUACAAGAUGAACUAGAGCAACUCAGAGAAUCCAGACCAACCCCGGUAACACAACGUUGGAACCAGAAUACAGGGGAUGAAAUUAAAGAGGGUAAAAAAGAUGUUGACGAAGAAUUGAAUCAAAUUAGGGCGGCAAGACCAACACCUGUGACUAAAAGAUGGAAACAUAAUUCUCAGGAUGACCAGCCUGUUCGCUCCAAAUCAGCCCACGUUCUUCAGAGAGCAAGACUUCCAGAUGAUUCAUGGGUCCAAGAAAAAUCUUUGAAGUUGGAGGAAGAAAAAAGAAAAGCAGCAAUGGAGCUUGAUUUGGUAAGAAAAGCCAGACUAGAAUCUGGAGAAGAAAAAAUAUACGAUUUCACUAAAACUAGAAUGGUUGAAAGGAGAAAGGAAGCAAUUCUUGAGUUAGAAACUGUUAAAAGUUUAAGGAAGAAUCAGCAGCAGGAUGAUCUUGAAGAAGCUAAAGAGGAUCCAAGGGAUGCCAGAAAAUCUGAACUUGAGCAACUUAUGAAAAUUAGAGCGACGGGUAAAGAAUUUGCUGUUGAAUCUACCCCUUCCAAGGUGCCAAUGCCUAAGCCGAAGGAAGAACCUUUUAAGCCUAAACAAGACCUUGCGAAACCUAAUAUAGCCUCUGAUAAACCGAAUCAAGCCUCUGCUAUACCAAAACAGGUGAUUGUUAGUCCCACCCCUACUGUGAAGCAGCAAACAGCAGCACCUGCCAGGAACACCAAUGCUUUAAGCCCUUCAUCUGUGAUUCAGCGUGGGCAAUCAAAAUCAGCGGAACGGAAUCAAACUGUUCUAACCCAUAGCAAGUCAGCUGAAAUCAAGAAAGAGCCAGUUAAAUCAGUUGGAGGAGUCAAGAAAUCAAAAUCUAAUGAGAGCACCAAAGAAAAAGAUGCUGCUAAAAAGUUUGAGAAUGACCGGUCACGCAGUCGAGAAAAGAAAGUAUUGGUGGGCAAGCAGGCUAAAUCAAAGAGCCAGGAGGUCAAACCUCAAACAAUCACACAAAAAGAAGUAAAGCAAGUUAACACUAAAGUUGUCAAAUCAAACAGUGGUGAGGCGAAGACCAGUAAAAUCAUAAAAUCCAACAGCUCCGAAUCUAAUAAAUUAAACAGCAUUCAAACAGUUCAGUCAACAUCUGAACCUAAAGCUUUGAGUAAAUCGGGUAGCGGGGAUAAAUCAGAAAGUAAAGCUGUUUAUGCCAAAGUCAUCAAAUCAACAAAAACGUCAUCAGAAAAAUCAAAGGUAACAAAGGAGGAUAAGAAAGAAAUCAAGCAAACCUUGAUUUCCCAAUCAAAAUUAGAAUCAUCAGAACCUGGUUCAAAGAAAGAUACUUCUAAGAAACAACUCGACAACAAAAUCAACUUUGAUGACCUAAGUGGUUACCAAAUAGAUAAGUGUGACCUCAAAGCUAAGGAUGAUGGUAUUAAACUCCUUCCAACAAGAGUGAUCAACUGCACACCGAAACCAUUUAAAGGAUUUACAAAUCAUAACUCAGAUUUUCCAAAUAAGAUGACCCAACCGCUCCAAUCCCCUCAUCCAAAUGUAUAUGAACAAAUAUCAUCCCCCAUCCAAGAAUUUUCAGAACCCCCUGUUUUACCAAAUACCAACUCCAAGGCCGAUAUAAAGGCCUCCAAGCAAGCAAAACUAAACAAAGCUAAUGAAGAUGCUGCUAAAGAAGAUUCAGGUGUACCCACAAAGGAAAAUGUGAUCAGUCAAGCAAAACUAAACAAAGCUAAUGAAGAUGCUGCUAAAGAAGAUUCAGGUGUACCCACAAAGGAAAAUGUGAUCAGUCAAGAAGAACUGAAAAACAUUCUUUCAGACACUCCAGAGUCCGAAAGUUCAAAAAAAGGAAUGAGCAAUAAAAAUGUAAGAUUUAACGAGAGAGGAGAAGAAGAAGAAACCGUAAUUCAAGAGAACAAAGUUGAAGUAGAAGUAGAAGUGAAGGAAGAGAGAAGAACCAGUGUUGAAGAAGGGAAGGAGGAAGGGAAGAGAGAUAGUAGGAUUAUUUCAAAAUUUAGAGAAUUCAAAGAAAAAACUGUUUUCGAAGUGAACAAGAUAACUCGUGGCAGGUCAUUGCAGAGGGCCCCUGUAGGUGUCAGGGAGAAGGAGGAAGGAGAAGAUAAAAAAGAAGAGAAGGAGAAAAACGAAGAUAUUAAAGAAGAAGAAGAAACUAGUCGAAGAUCAAGAUCCGAGUCGAGAAGCCAAAAGGCUGGGCGAAUGAUGAAAGAUUUUACAAGUAAUAUUCUGAAAAAAAGAUAAUUUCAAACAAAGAUUAGUGAAAAUAUACAUGUAAGGAUUCCAAAAAUAUUGUUCAGACUUAAAUAAACAUACAGGGUGUCUCAAAAAAACCUUAUUAUGGUUCGAUGAUUGGAAAUGUUGCGAAGAUUUUGAAAAUGUCCAAAAAUAUAUAAAUCGAACCAUGGUGAGUGCAGUAUAGUAUCUAAAAGAGUGUUAAUUUGGGACACCCUGUAUACAUUCCUGCAAGAAAGCACGGUUCCUUUGAAACAUUUCAAAAAGAAAAGAAAUUAAGAAUUUGUCAGACCUGCGACAAGAUUUUAUAUCUGAACAGUCACUUUAAAGGGACUGUUAACGUAAUGACAAAUGAUCCUCUUUACAAAUGCCCGAUUUACAACGGUCCCCUUCAAACCUUUGUGUGUUCGUCGAGUACAGAGAUAUGUGUUUGUAAACUUAUCGAAAUCCGCUUCAGCCGCAAAUUCAAGUGUGUUACGUUUUCAUUAGGGGUCACUUGAAAUUACGCUUACAGUCCCUUUAAAGGUCUUGAACUCCUUUUUGAAAAUAUACAUAAGCACAUAAGCACAUAAGCACUUGUAAUCUAGGUUUUUUUUGCUUUAGAUUUCUUCAUUUUUCUAGAGAAAUGAAGAAUAAAAGGCUCGACCAAUUCGGUCCUUAGGAUCUUUUUUGAACGGCCCCGUGUGGUUUGACAAAGUUUCUGAUUUGAAAAUGUCGGGCAUAAUGUGUAUUUUCAAACAGGGAGCAAUUCCUUUAAUCAUAUUCAUUCAAACUGUUUAAAUUGUUUCCCCCUUUAGUUACAUUUAUUGUUCAUAAUUUAAAAAAUUUCAAAAUGAAAUAUAAAUAUUCUAUAUUU